UGCACUUCCUUUGCGGUGUUCCCAGCCGCUCAAAUUCCCUCGCCUGCGUCAUGGUCUCACGCAGGCAUGGCUUGCGACGCGGGCUGCCAUUGUGUGCCAAGUUGGUGGGGCUCGUUGCUCUGCAGAUCGCAUGCUCUGCCUUUGCAGUUGUUCGGACCUCUCUGCGUGCCAGCGCCGGGGCGGAGGCUGAAAGCCUCAAGGAGGAGCUCAUACGGCGGUGCGCGGACUUCAAGCAGAAGCAGGAAGAGAUGUGGGACGUCAUGGCGGAACAGGAAGAGGCUGAAAAGAAGAAGAAAAAGAUGAAGAAGAAGGAGCAGGCUUCCCUACUAGAAGCCGAAAGCUUCGCGUCACAGCAGGUGCAGCUCAGUGACGAGCUGGCGAAGCUGCGCUUGGGCUGUGUGGAGGUGAUCCAACAGCUGGAAGACCUGAACCCCACCCCCAGGCCCAUGACUGGCUGGCGGGGCUACGGCGGUGAGAAUGCGAGCAGCUGCCCGCUGAACGGCACCUGGAAGCUGCUCUUCACGGACGCCGCAGACGCCACCUUCCGCCGCGGCAAGCGCGGGGACGCAAACACCUUCCAAGAGAUCGAUGCGGAGAAGGGAUGGUUCGUGAACUGUGUGGACUUCUCCAAGGAAGACAGCAAGCUAAAAGGCUUCAGGGUCUUCGUUGAAGGCCAAGCCCUAGGGGACGACGAGGUGCAGCUGAUCUUCCGCAAGGUCAGAUUGCUGCGGCGCUCCCGGUUCUUCCCCAAGAUCACCAUACCUCUGCCCAGCCCCGGGUUCCUUCGCCGCGUGGGCCGCCUCUUCGCGCGGUCCAAGGGCGGCAAGGUGAACCCGAGCGACCGCGGCGCUGGCUUCAGGCUGCUGUACGUUGACAAGGACCUGCGCGUGCAUCGAACCUUCGACGGCCUCUACUUUGUGCAGAAGCGGCUACAGUGAUGCUGUGCUUAAUUUGGUGCUUAGCGACCACCCCCUGCCUGAGACAGCGCGUGUUUUUGGUUUUCAGCCCGG